UCAUUUGCCAAACGUCAUGCGUGAUUGCGCCCACCGAUCAAAUCUGUUACCCCACCACAUUUAGAGAGAGAGAGAGAGAGAAACAGAGUAAUGAAUAUAUCAAAUCUGCAAUCAUCUGUCUAAGAAUGGAUUGAGCUUUUACUCCAUUCUUCUUCCUCUCUGCUCCAAAAUCAGAACUAUAAAAUUACCCCCAUUUCUCCGGCAUACCCUCAACCCUCCGAUUAUCCUCUUUACCUCGAGAUCCGCACUUCAUUUACUCGUUCGGUUGCCAAGUUUCUUACCGGGAAACACAUCUAUUAUUAUUCGAAAGCUGUGCCCCAUUUUGUGUUUUGAAUUUCUUCAAGGAAUAUCUAGAAUUAGUAUCAGCUCGUUUUAGUCGGUCAGUCUUCUCUGUUUACAGAAGAGAAAAAUGGGUUCUCUACUAUUGCUUCUCUUCUUCUUCUUCCUUGCUUCUUCUCCUACUCUGGUUCUCUCUUUAAACCAAGAAGGCAUCUACCUCCAGCAUCUCAAGAACGGAUUCGACGACCCAGAUGGCGCCUUCUCUACCUGGAAUGAUCGGGAUAACACGGCUUGUAAUUGGGAAGGAAUCACCUGCGACCCUUCAACUGGGUCCGUCACCGCCGUAAACCUAUCCAACACAAACAUAGCCGGCUUAUUCCCAUCCGUCGUUUGCCGCCUCAGUAGCCUCACCAUUUUAUCUUUCUCAAACAAUUUCAUCAAUUCCACCCUCCCUGAACUCUCCGCAUGCAUAAGCCUCGAGCAUCUUAAUCUCGCCGAUAAUCUUCUUAGUGGGUCGUUGCCUUCAUCUCUGGCCGAUUUGCCUAACCUCAAAUACCUAGAUUUGUCAGGAAACAACUUCUCCGGCGAUAUUCCGGCGAGUUUCGGCCACUUUCAGAAGCUUGAGGUCAUCUCUCUUGUUCAGAACCUUCUCGAUGGGACGAUUCCACCUUUUCUAGGAAACAUAUCCACUCUCAAGCAACUGAAUCUCUCGUACAACCCUUUUGCUCCGGGUAGCAUCCCACCGGAAAUCGGAAUUCUAACGAAUCUCGAGAUCCUCUGGCUUACGGACUGCAACUUGGUCGGUCCCAUCCCUGACUCUCUGGGUCGACUCACUCGACUCGUUGAUUUGGAUUUAGCUUCGAAUAGGCUAAACGGGCCGAUUCCGAGUUCCUUCACUUGGCUAACGAGUGUAAUCCAAAUAGAACUCUACAACAACUCGUUAACGGGUCAGUUACCGUCGACGGGAUGGUCUAACAUGACGGCGUUACGGUUGUUUGACGCUUCUAUGAACAAGUUGACUGGGACGAUUCCUGAAGAGUUAUGUUCUUUACCGCUUGAAUCGCUGCACAUUUAUGAGAACCAUUUGGAAGGUAACCUGCCAGACAGUAUCGCGAAAUCACCAAACUUAUACGAAUUAAGGGUAUUCGAGAAUCAGUUGUCGGGAGAGUUGCCGAAGGAUCUGGGAAGAAAUUCGAAGUUGGUGACGAUUGAUGUUUCGUACAAUCGAUUCUCCGGGCAAAUACCGACGGGUUUGUGUGAGAUGGGAAAACUCGAGGAGUUAUUGAUUAUAUUCAACUCAUUUUCCGGUAACAUACCGUCUAGUUUAGGGGAAUGCCGAAGCCUGACAAGGGUCCGAUUAGGGAACAAUAAUCUCUCCGGCGAAGUCCCGGCGAGUUUCUGGGGUCUUCCUCACGUUUACCUCCUUGAGCUCGUAUACAAUUCAUUUUCAGGUGGAAUCGCGAAAACUAUAUCCGGAGCGACGAAUUUGUCAUCUUUGUUUCUUUCUUCGAACAAAUUUUCCGGCUACAUUCCUGAGGAGAUUGGCUUUUUAGACAAUUUAUUGGAGUUCAACGGAGAUAACAAUCGGUUAACUGGUUCUUUACCAGCUAGCAUAGUGAAUCUGGGACAAUUGGGAAAACUUGACCUUCAUAACAACAGCUUCUCCGGCGAACUUCCCAGUGGGAUUCAUUCCUGGAAUAAACUAAAUGAGCUGAACCUCGCCAAUAACCAGUUUUCCGGCAGUAUUCCUGAAGAAAUCGGAAAUUUAUCUUCUCUGAAUUACCUAGAUCUUUCCGGGAAUCAAUUUUCCGGGAAAAUCCCAGAUGGGUUACAGAAUUUGAAGCUAAAUGAGCUGAAUUUAUCGAAUAAUCAUCUUUCAGGACAAAUACCGCCUCAAUACGCCAAAGGAAUAUACAAGAACAGCUUCGAAGGGAAUCCUGGUUUAUGCGGCGACAUUAGUGGUUUAUGUGACACCAAAGGUGGAACCAAAAGCUUCGGAUACCAUUGGUUACUCAGGUCAAUCUUCUCUCUUGCAGGCCUGAUUUUCAUUGCAGGCCUAGUUUGGUUUUACUGGAAGUACAGAGACUUCAAGAUGUCCAAACAUGAUUUCGACAACUCCAAAUGGACAUUGAUGUCGUUCCACAAACUGGGUUUCAGUGAAUACGAAAUCUUGGGUUCUCUUGAUGAAGACAAUGUGAUUGGAAGUGGUUCAUCUGGAAAGGUCUACAAGGUGGUUCUAAGUAACGGCGAAUCUGUUGCGGUUAAGAAGCUUUUUGGACGGUUAAAAAUGGAGGGGGACAGCGGUGAAGACCUCGAGAAGGGUAAUAUCGUCGUCGAAAACGAUGGGUUUGAGGCCGAGGUUGAGACUUUAGGGAAGAUAAGGCAUAAGAACAUAGUUAAGCUAUGGUGUUGUUGCACUACAAGAGAUUGUAAGCUAUUAGUGUAUGAGUAUAUGUGUAAUGGAAGCUUAGGUGAUUUGCUUCAUAGUAGUAAGAGUGGAUUGUUGGAUUGGCCCACGAGGUACAAGAUAGCCAUGGAUUCGGCCGAGGGGCUUUCUUAUUUGCAUCAUGAUUGUGUUCCUCCUAUUGUUCAUCGUGAUGUCAAGUCCAAUAAUAUCUUGUUGGAUGCGGAUUUUGGAGCUAGGGUGGCCGAUUUCGGAGUGGCGAAGGCGGUUGAUGCGAUCGGGAAGGGAGUUAAGUCGAUGUCGGUUAUUGCUGGUUCUUGCGGUUACAUUGCCCCAGAAUAUGCAUAUACAUUGCGGGUGAAUGAGAAAAGCGACAUAUACAGUUUUGGAGUUGUACUUCUCGAGUUAGUAACUGGAAAGCGUCCAAUUGAUCCAGAAUAUGGUGAGAAAGAUUUGGUCAAGUGGGUGUGUGCUACAUUCGACCAAAAGGGUGUAGACCACGUGAUCGAUCCAAAACUCGAAAGCUGUUUUAAGGAGGAAAUAUGCAAAGUGCUUAAUGUCGGGCUUCUAUGCACAAGCCCACUACCCGUCAAUCGCCCCUCGAUGAGAAAGGUGGUCAAGUUUUUGCAAGAAGUGAGUGCGGAGAAUCAGAUCAAAGCUGCCACUAAAGAUGGUAAAUUGACGCCAUACUAUUACGAGGAAACCUCGGAUAAUGCAAGCGUUGCCUGAUGAAAAUCUCAACAUGGACAAAAAAGAAGAAAAAGUUGCUUGUUUAACCAAUCACCAUAGGUAACAUUUGGGCAUUUGUAGUAGGGUUCAUGGGAGAGGAGAGGUUUACUAUGGUAAAAAAAAAAUGGUAUAUCUGUAUAUGUAAGCUGAUUUAUCAAUGUUUUUUCCUCA